AUGUCGACGCCUCCUCGAAUCCUCACGAUCGCGGGUAGCGACUCUUCUGGCGGCGCUGGUAUCGAAGCUGAUAUCAAAGUCAUAACAGCGCACAAAUGUUAUGGCAUGACCGCAAUGACUGGGUUGACAGCUCAGAAUACAACAGGGGUCGUCGACAUUCACCCAAUUCCCGCUGACUUUUUGCGAAAAGUUUUGUCCGCAGUACUCGAAGAUGUUGGAGUAGAUGUUGUGAAAACUGGGAUGCUUACAAGUGCACAAUCAAUUUCAGUAAUCGUCGAAUCUAUCAAAAAGUACCAUCUUAAAACAAUCGUGCUUGACCCGGUCAUGAUAUCAACUUCGGGGAGCAUUCUCCUUCCUACAGAUGCCAUCUCCAAUCUCUGCAGCAAUCUUAUACCCUUAGCAAGUCUCGUUACUCCAAAUAUUCCAGAAGCCCAGCACCUUCUCUCAUACUACACAAAUCCCAGCAUGUUACCAAGGACCGCUUUUCCAAUUGACAACAUAAACUCGAUGGCAGAUGUCGUAGACCUUGCCAAAAGGUUGCAGGAAAAAUGUUCCACUGCCGUUCUUGUGAAAGGUGGACAUCUCCCUUUUCUAGAGGAUGGGAGUGUCGCCCGCAGGCAGAAAAGCAAGGCAUUUGUUAUGGAUGUGCUUGUUCUCUCUAACGGUACAGUGAAAAUAUUUAACUCGCCAUUUAUAGAGAGUAAUAAUACACAUGGAACUGGGUGCAGUCUUGCUUCUGCUAUCGCUUGCAAUAUCGCGUUAUCGCAACCUCUUCCUACCGCAGUAUCUAAUGCUCGAAAUUACAUAUCCGGUGCCAUAGCCGCAUCAUACCCCCUCGGCAAAGGGAGCGGGCCAAUUAACCACGUUCAUAACGUAUACAAACUGCCAUACUCCAAGGGCCACUUCAUCGAGUACCUAAUAAAUCACCCUUCUGUCACAAACAUCUGGAACGAUUACGUUAACCACGACUUUGUAAAGAGUAUUGCGAACGGGACUAUCAGCACCGAAAAGUUCGUGUGGUACCUCAAGCAAGACUACCUCUUUCUCGUACAAUUUGCGAGGGCCAAGGCCUUGUUAACAUACAAAGCAACGACUUUGGCACAAAUAAACGAUUGCGCAAAUUACUUAACCGGUGUGAUCCGCGAGUCGGCUUUACAUGUUAAAUACUGUGCCGAAUUGAUUCCGGGUCUGACGGAACGAGACUUGCAGUCAACACCGGAGGCACCGACGACUACUGCAUAUACGAGAUACAUACUUGAUGUUGGUGGUAACGGCGAUGUGGCUGCCUUGAUGGUUUCAUUAAUAAGCUGCUCGGUUGGAUAUCAAGUCGCUGCAAGAAAUAGAGAAAAUGAAGAAUUGAGUGUCAAAACAGCACAAGGAAAUACAUUCUGGAGGUGGGUUGAAGAGUACGCUAGUGAGGAGUAUGCAAGAGAAGUUCAGACCCAACGAGAUAUUUUGGAAGAAAUGGCAGGAGGGUUUGGUAUGACACAAGUUGAGGAGCUUGUGGAAAUCUUUAGAAAAGUCACAGAGAUGGAGCGUAACUUCUUCUCGGCGGCAGUCGAAGCGAAAUUCCCAUAA